AUGAGAGCUUACCAGCUGGUACGCAUCUCAUUCUCCAUGCAGGAAAACCGACUCCCAUCCACACGUGGAUAUCAUCAUCAGGUGUCAUCUUCUUGUUCCAAAGUGACUCGUAUAACGAAAAGAACAAGACCACACCGCACCAACAGAAUGCGGGAACGGGGUCUUUCCCUUUGUGGAGUAGGUGUGUGGAGUCUACUGCUGUCCCUUUGUCUGGCCUCUUUCACUCAUGCACACCGGAGCCACACAGUGCACGUGAAGGCAGGAACGUGUGAAGUGAUCGCUGCCCAUCGCUGCUGCAACAAAAACAAGAUCGAGGAGAGAUCUCAGACUGUCAAAUGCUCCUGCUUCCCCGGCCAGGUUGCUGGCACCACCCGAGCAAUGCCCUCCUGUGUUGAUGCCUCCAUUGUAGCCCAGAAGUGGUGGUGUCAGAUGCAUCCAUGUAUGGAGGGCGAAGAAUGCAAGGUUCUGCCAGACCUCACUGGAUGGAGCUGCAGCACAGGCAACAAAGUCAAAACCACAAAGGUGACCCGAUAG